GUUCGGCCUCAUACUGUACAAGACACUCAAUCGCAUUGUGCUUGAAGUCCAGUGCUUUGCCUCUUUGCAGCCGCGCAUAUCGUUUCUGAUCAAAUACAAGUUCAAUCUAGCCAAGUUGACGUUCUGACCAUGGACCCUUACGACAGCGACUCUUCUUUCGACGAUGAGGGGGACUUCACCGAGACCGGCGUGCUGCUGGGCUACGCCGCAGACGAGAUUGUAGACGACACAAUCAGUCACCUUGGAGGGCGUCCGACCUGGCUCGACGACGCUACCCCGCCCCCCGGCGAAUUCGCUAAAUGCAAAGUCUGCAACUCGACCAUGCUCCUCCUUCUCGAACUGCACGGCGACCUCCCGGAUGACUUCCCCGACAACGAAAGACGUCUGUACGUCUUUGCCUGCCCCAGGAAACCCUGCAACCGCAAGCCUGGUAGCAUCAGAGCCCUGCGCGCUACCCGUAAGCUGAAGAGCGAACAACCCCGACCUGCUAAGGAGGAAGUCGAGGAGAUCCCAACCGAGGCGCCCAAGAAGGAAGAAGAGAAGCCAAAGAACGAGGCCCCCAAACCAGAUCUCGGCGCAAGCCUGUUCGGUUCCUCCUCCCUGAUCGGCAGUGUCUCCGCCAACGCCAAUCCCUUCUCCUCCGGUGGUGCAGGUGCAGGCGCUAGCAACCCAUUCUCCAGCAACAGCAACAGCAACAGCAACCCCUUCGCCGCGCCCGCCCCAUCUCCAGGUCUAGUCGCAAAACCAACCACCGCAGCACCAUCAUCCUCAACAACGGCCGCCACCGCCACCGCGGCGAACACACUCUCGGACUCCUUCGCCGACAAAGUCCGGGUCUCCUCCCCACCACCUCCCGCCGCCGCAGCAACAUCAAACCCAACCCUAACACCGCCAGAAGAGAACGCAGGCCCUCAGACCCCCUGGCCUGCAGACUCCGACUUCCCAGCGCCGUACUCACAAUUCUACCUGGACGCCGAAUACGAGACACUCUCGCGGCCCUCGACGCCCACGAUCCCAGACAACGUGACGAUUGACAACACGGAGGACAACAGCGCUGGCGGUAGCGGCGGCGCGGACCUGAAAGACGCAUUCGAGUCGGAGCUCGACAAAGCAUUCAUGCGCUUCUCGACGCGGCUGGCGCACAACCCGGAGCAGAUCCUCCGGUACCAGUUCCGCGGCAACCCGUUGCUGUACUCGCACACGGACGCGAUCGGCAAGCGCCUGCACGAGAUCCUGGCGCACAAGCCGGCCAACGCGCACGUCGCGACGGCCACGGCCGGCGCCUCCGUCUCCAGCCGUCUCCCGCGCUGCGAGUACUGCGGGAGCGAGCGCGUGUUCGAGUUUCAGCUCGUGCCGCAUGCGAUCAGCGUGCUUGAGGACGGCUUGGAGGGCGUCGGGCUGGGCGAUGCUGGCAUGGAGUGGGGUACUAUCAUGCUGGCCGUGUGCAACCGGGACUGUGGACCGAAGGAAGUGGGCGUCGUGGGUUAUCGUGAGGAAUGGGCCGGUGUGCAGUGGGAGGAGGCUGCCAAAUAGAUACAUCCAUACCUACUUCUGUUGUCCCUCCUCUUUCCCCAGUGAGGGAGAAAAGGGCUUGAGUCCUCUACUACACACACACCUAAUGCUCGACCCACGAUGUUUGACGUUGAUGAUGACUACUUAUAUACACUCUACCAUGU